CGGGGGGUGACUUGGACGAUGUGCAGAAGCCAGAGAUAAGAGGUCCAUUCUACGAUACAACGACGCCACGCGAGAGGGAGCCACAUUUUGACACUCCAGGCGAGGAUUUGAAGGCGAAGAAGGAAUGGAUGGAUGACAAACUCGAGAAAAGGCUGAAGGGAGAGUAUGAGAGUAUGGGCAGGCGUCUACAGGAAAUAGUCGAAGAUAGCAGGGAUGCACCCGCGAGGCUCUCCGCUAUCCGUAUAGACGGAUCGACGCUCAGGUCAAGUUUCCUAGCGUCUAUAUUUAAACAGCAUCUCGAUGAAGACCCUGCAAGAACAUUCACCGAUGUUUUACGCAAGAGUCGGGAUGUACAUGCUAACUUGGCGGCCUUUGAUUUGUUUUCUGCGAUGGAGGCCAAAUUAGAACCCGCACAGAGUCUGUUGGCUAGGCAGGGUGACGUUGAUCUUGCACUCAAGGUCAUAGAACGCGGCAGACUCUGGGCGAAGUCAAGCACCGAUGUUGGUAACGGUGAGGGUAGCGCAAAUAUCAGCGUGCGUCUGAGGAACGUAUUCGGUGGUGCGGAAAGUCUAGAGGCGCAGGCGAGUUAUGGUACCAGGACGACUUCUGCAUUCAACAUCUCCUACUCUUCGCCAAUACCCGAGUUUAUAAUGACGCCAAGCCCGACAACGAGGCUCACAGCACAAAUAUUCCAGGCGGAUCGCGAUCACUCAGCUUAUGCAGGUGUCAAGGAGUUCCUAUUUGGCGCAAGGGGGAGCAUUAAUUCAUUGAAGAGCUACGGUGCUCAUGAAGUUACCUACGAAGCGGUAUCGCGGACGCUGGGUGCUUUACAACCAAACGCCUCUCUCAGUCUGCGCGAAGCCGCAGGCUCAUCAAUCAAGUCGUCGGUUGCCCAUACAUUUACACACGACAGUCGUGACGAUGUGCAUAUGUCCACCCAAGGUGGCUACUUUAACACACUUCUCGAGUAUGCUGGUCUCGGCGGUACAGUUAAUUUCCUCAAGGCGCAGCUCCAAACAUCGGUGUCGCGCCCAAUUGAUACCAAAUUGCAAAACUACAUUUCAUUGACAUUUAGAACGGGUGCACUCUUGCCAUUAGGAGGGUCGAUGAGUGAAGAGUAUGCCUAUGCGAAGCUCUUCAGCGAUAGGUUCAGACUUGGUGGACCAACAUCGGUGAGAAUGUUUGGGAUGAAUCGCCUAGGACCGCGCGACCAGGAAGACCACAUUGGCGGUGAUCUAUACUAUAGUGGAGGGUUGUCCCUCACUACGCCAUUCCCAACUAAGCCACACUGGAAUCUGAAAUGCCAGGCAUUCCUCAACGCCGGACAGCUCGUGUCACUCAAGAAUAGGGAUGUUACAAACGCUCUUAUGCACCCGUCUCUUAGUGCCGGUCUUGGUUUCGUCUAUCGCUUCAAUCCGAUUAGGGUAGAGUUGAACUUUGGUGUACCCCUACUAGCGUCCGUUACGGAUGUGGGGACAAGCAGACCGUUCCAGCUGGGCGUUGGAUUGGAAUUUUUGUAGAUAUAAAUGUGCAUUGCAUUGUU